CCACACUCGCCGUCUCAUUUUGAUCCCGCCAAGUACCGGGGAAUGAGAAUGGAUUCUAGACGUAGUCAAAAGAAGAGAACGAUUGUAGAAGAAGUUGAUAGACUAAGUAGCUUGCCAGAUGAUCUUAUCCAUAAAAUUUUCUCUUAUAUGGGCAUCAAAGACACUAUUGGUACCAGUACUUUGUCUUCCAGAUGGAGAUAUAUCUGGACUUCAAUGUCCUGCCUUGAAUUCUCAGAUUGGAAACUUUCUACUUUGCCCAAAUUCUCCAAUUUUGUUACAGAGUAUCUCUCUCGUCGCAAUAAUCAAACAGAAGUCUUUUCUCUCAAUCUCAGCUAUGACGGACAAGUUACAGAGCCAUUUGUCAAAAAACUUUUGGACUAUGCAUACUCUCACAAUAUCCAACAACUGGAUAUUUCAUACGCAUCUCCAAAUUGGACUAGUGAAUUUCCCCUCUCUCUCUUUAGUUCUCAGUCGCUCAAACAUCUCAGUUUUACUUUCGAAUACGGUUAUUGUGACAAGUUCCUUCCAACUACGUCAUCUUUUGAGCUCCCAGCCUUAACGACAUUGUAUCUCUGUGGUCUCACUUUGUGUUCUGAUAACUGCAUUGUUCUUUUCUCCAAGUGUCCAAACUUGAAGAAUCUUACCUUAAGUCGCUGGAGCACAAAAGAAAGCAACGAUUUCACUAUUUGUCAUCCUCAACUAACUAAUCUCACACUUGAGAGGGGUCAUUCAGUGAAGGUUGUUAAUGUGGUUGUACCUCAACUCGAGAUUCUCGUUAUUAGAGAUCGUUCCAGCAUUAUAAGGUAUGUAAUUUCGUCACCCAACCUCGCCUCCUUGGUUUAUAGUGGAUACGAUCCUUUGCACCUUUCCACGGAUGGUUUUCCUUCUUUGAAGGAGGCAGAUAUUUGUGUUUUAUAUCCUAAUAACGAAGCUCAUCAUAUGGUUUGUCUGCUUCAACGACUUCACAAUGUCAAAUUUCUUAGACUUAACUUGGAAAUUGUUAAGUUGCUUUCUUCAUGCGUGGAACUAAUCUCACAUCAACCUUCUCCAUUUGUUAACUUGAGUAGUUUGACAAUUUUUCCAAAGAGGGUAUCGAGGGAGGUUCGUCCAAAAAAGAUGGUAACGGUGUCUGCUGAAGUCGAACACUAUUUGCUAGAUAGUUCUCCUGGGGCCACCUUCAUGAUGGUUUUACGUGAGGAGAUAAGAGCAAAAAAACAUAUGGCAAAAUUACGGAAGUUUCUAGGGGAAGAGAAAGCUGAUACCGAGACCAGCAGGACACGUUUGGGGCGAAAAAGAGCACCAGCGCAGACAAACAUUUAUAGACAAGGGAAGUCACAAGCAGAGGCGAAAAUACUACACCCGCAGUUUAGGAAAAGCAUGGCCCAGAUCAAGACCUAUUGGGUAGAUCUUAUUGUGGAUAUUGAGCAACGGAAAGCAAAGGUGUUUCGUAUCAUUUCAAAGUUGCAGAAGAUUGAGAAACUACUAAUGAAGCUGCCUGCAUCAAAGAGGGCUUUAAUUCAACCAUGUUUUUCUAGCCUGUGUGCAGAGAGCAACAUUGUGAUGAACGAAAUAGCAGAUUUUAUGAAGAUGCGAUGAGAAUCUAAGCAGUAUAGGUGUCUGCUUCCAAGAAGCUACUACGCAGUGCAGUCGUCAUCGUAGCAAAUUGACAAAUAGUCCCAAGUUGUUUGGUCCCCUAGCUAUGCAAUAGUUCAAAGAUAUGUAUCUUUGUACCGCCAUUGUGCUGAACUAAGAUGCUCAAAUGAAUUGUGUUCUACUUUUGUAAUAUCUUUAGGUUUGAUAUUUGCUGGCAGAAACCGAAUUGGGAAUGGAAAAAAGAUAAUUUGCAUCA